UUUGAGAAGGUAAUGGGAAUUUGGAAGCAAAGGAGAACAGGCUCAAGAAAAUCUGCUUAAUCCUCCCUCUCUCUUCUGAAAGCUCUGUUGCCUAACUUUAUACUUAUAUAAUUAUGCCAUCCCCUCUUCCUCUUAGUCGUCUUCUCCAUCUGGAAUUUUCUCCAUCUGUGAAAGCACGACCCUGUAGUAGUCCUUUGGUGUUCCCUGCCAAUUGUGAAAAGGUUUUGUUAGGGGAAGGUCCUUCUCCUAGGGCCUGUCGGCUACCACCUCGUGUAGCUUGGUGUACUAUAGACUGGAAUCAGUUGUGCCUGCUGCACCCCAUAGGCUCUGGUGGCUUUGGUUCUGUCUACAAGGCUACUUACUGUGGAGCUACAGUGGCUGUAAAGCAGGUAAAGAAGUGCAGUAAGAACCGUUUGGCAUCACGGCAGAGCUUCUGGGCAGAACUAAAUGUGGCAUGCCUUGACCAUAACAAUGUGGUACGUGUUGUAGCUGCUAGCACAGCUGCCCCUGCCAAUCAGGAUAGUUUGGGUACCAUAAUAAUGGAAUAUGUAGGUAAUAGCACUCUGCACCAUAUUAUCUAUGGCACUGGCAGUAUGACAGCAAAAAGGAAAGAUGAUGAGCUGAGUAUAGCUCGGUGUCUGGGCUACUCCUGUAACAUUGUGGCAGGCUUAGCAUUUCUCCAUUCACAGUUGAUUGUUCAUCUGGAUUUAAAACCUGCCAACAUAUUCAUCACCGAACAAAACAUUUGCAAGAUUGGAGACUUUGGAUGUUCUCGAAAGCUAGAGGAUGCUGCAUCAGGCCUACAACUUUGUCAGCAAGGGGGAACAUACACCCACCGUGCUCCUGAACUCCUUAAAGGUGAGAGAGUCACCCCCAAGGCAGACAUCUACUCUUUUGCCAUCACCCUCUGGCAAAUGGUUACACAGCAAGAGCCUUAUUUGGGUGAGCGCCAGUAUGUACUCUACUCUGUGGUAGCUUAUAAUCUGCGCCCUUCUCUGACUGCACCUGUGUUUAGAGAAUCAGCCACUGGCCAAAGUCUUGAGACAAUAAUUGGAAACUGCUGGAGAGCUGAUGUAGCAGAACGUCCUAGUGCAGAACAACUUCUUCACAAUGUUCAGUCCCUGUUUCUAAUAGUAUAAAAAGUUCUUGCCUUGGCCUCCUUCAUUUUUAUUGCUGACCAUCUUUUCUUGCUAAACUAGUGUAUCUUAUAUCUCUGAUCCUUCUCAGCAGACAAAAGAAGCUUCAAAAAAUGUUGCUGGUGGUCAGAUCUAUAAAUAAAGUUCAUUACAGAAAAUUA